AUGAGCAAGAACGAGCGAGAUACUUCUUUUAACAAGAAUGGCUGUCUUGUUUUUGUAUCCCGUCUGUGGGAUCUUGACAAGCUUGGAAUGUUUCAUCACCCAGUUAGUGCCGAAGAACUGCCGGACUACCACACUGUGAUAAAGCGUCCUGUUGACCUCUCUUCCAUACGCGAUGGGAUUGAAAAGGGCACUUAUGCAACUGACGUGGACGUACAGAACGACGUCGCUCGCAUGAUUACGAACGCUUUGGAGUACAAUGCGAAGGGCAGCACGUGGUAUCAGGAGGCAAUGUCAUUUCGUAAAACUUACCUUGACCUUGCACGGCAGUCGGGACUCGUUGUGGACGACGACGAGGCUUACAUCCCAUCCCGCAGCUUUAAGGACGACGAAUCAACACUGCGUCGUGCAGAAAAACGGAACAAGGAGGACCUCGACGAAGUCCUCCGCGGCCUCGAGGCGGAGAAAGAUGUGCCUCUGGAGGAGCUUAGAGCGAAGUACCGCCGCGUGGAGAACAUCACCGAAGCCCGCGGAGCUGACGAUGUAGACAGCAGCGAGCAAGGGGAGGACGAGGAAAGUGAUGAAGAGGGAAGUGAUGAGGAGGACGAUGAUGAGGAAGACUCAUGCGCCUCAGAGGAGGUUGAGGAAAGUGAGGGCAGCGAUUACGACAGCUCGUAG